UAUAAGCCGGGCGUUCCAGCGGACAGCAGUGGGUCAGGCUCUCAGAGGACCUGAGCCAUGUGAAUGGACAGAAGAGGGACAGAAGGGGAAGAGAAGAGCCUCCAUUACUGCUGUAAAUCCAGAAAACAACAACAGCCAGUCCUGCUGAAGGAUUAGCUCCUUGUCCCUGCUGAGACCUCAUCAAUCCUGCCAGCCCAGAGUGUUGGCUCCUCCAGACUCUUCCCGUGUCGACUGCUCUCUCCUACAUCCCCAGCAUGGACGUCCCCUCGGCGAUGGUGCUGCCCCUGCUGAUCGUCUUUGCAGCAGGGGUGUACUACAUCUACAACGAGGUCAUGCACUUCAUGUCCAAGUCCAUAGCGCGAAACAAAGUGGUGGUGAUCACCGAUGCUGUGUCUGGUGUGGGAACAGAGUGUGCCCAUCUCCUCCACAAGGCUGGCGCAAGGCUGGUUCUCUGUGGGACUGGCUGGGACAAGCUGGAGUCCCUGUACGACGCUCUGACUAGCGGUGCCAACCCCAGGGAGACAUUUGCUCCAAAGCUGGUGAUCCUGGAUUUCAGCGACAUGGACACCAUGGACGAAGUGGUGGCCGACUUGAUCGACUGUUACGGCUGCGUGGACGUGCUGAUCUGCAACAGCAGCAUGAAGCUGAAAGCCCCUGUUCAGAACGUCUCCCUAGAACAGGACAGGAACAUCAUGGACAUCAACUACUUUGGCCCGAGCAGCGUUGCCAAAGGUGUUCUUCCAACAAUGAUCUCAAGACGAUCGGGGCACAUUAUACUGGUCAACAGCGUCCAAGGAAGACUGGCUGUCCCUUUCAGAAGCUCAUACGCGGCCUCCAAACAUGCUGCGCAGGCUUUCUUUGACUGCCUGAGGUCUGAGGUGGGGGAGUACGGGAUCAUCGUCAGCACCAUCAGUCACUCUUUCAUAAACGCCUCCGAUGCGUCACCUGUCAAAGGACCUGCUCCGAAACAAAGCGCCUUGGCCGCAUUUAUCAACAGCCAGUUGGCCCACGGAGUACGCCCGUCGGUUCUGGCCAAUGAGAUCGUGCAAACGGUGAACAGGAAGAGGAAGGAGGUUGUGCUGGCCCACCCCAUCCCCAGGGUGGCCCUCUACCUCCGCUCGCUCUUCCCACCCUUCCUCUUCGCUGUGCUGGCGGCGGGAGUGAAGGACUCGGUGCAGGCGGAGCAGAUGCAGUAGGAGAAGGAGACGACACCAGACCUGUGAAGUAAAGCACAGCUCUUUUGGAAAGUGUAUGCUCUGAAAGCUCCAGGAUGUUUUGUGAAAACACUUGAUGUCUGUUAAAGAGUUGGUUUUUAAGAACUGCUAAAACAUGAUGGAACAGAACUUUUUGGCCUAUUUGGGGCAGAAAAAAAACAGACUUUAGAUUAGCAUAAGCAUUUGCUAGAAAAAAGCGAAACAAACUAAGCCACAAUACUCCUGAGCAUGUGUCAUUGCGUGUCUGCUGUAUGGUGAAGGGCAAAGAUUAGACAGUUUCCUAAGAAAUUACUCAUUGUGAGGCCUUGUUUUAUUAUAAUGUCUGUAAUAAAUGUCUUCAAUCAAAUAACGACAAUCCAAUAAUCCUGCUAUGCUGCCCCCUACAGGCUAGAUUCAGACUUGGCUUGUUCUGAGAGAACAGAGCAGUUCUAGUCUUAAAAGACAAAUACAAACAUGAUAUAGACAUACUUAUUAAAUUGCAAUGUUUUAUUCUUUUCAUGACAAAAGAAGAAAAAAAAGUUUUGUGAAUGAUUACAAGAAACUGUAGAGGCACCUCUUGUGUACCACCGGAUACAAGCAUCUGAGUCAUGGGGGGCUCCGGUCAGGAAGUGCUGGAGAUGAUUUUAAAACAAAAGCUUAAAUAACUGUAAUAAAUGAUCAUCUUGUUCACAGUAUGUUUUCAGUACGAUUAGUAACGGUUGUGUAGUGAGUGGAGGGGGCGUGGCCUCCUGCGACUGUAGCUGAGCACAAGGACUCAUGGAACCAUGUUUGGCUCAGAAUUACUAUUUUAUUGGUGUUAUGCUUAGACAACUUAAUGCUCAUCUCGUGCAGUUGGAGUUUCAGUUCAGCUUGUUUUUGAGUUUCAUCUGUAAUAUGACAUCGCAAUUAAGGGUCGUGUUCAAAGUAAUGGGACCCGGUUGCUGUUUGUGUUCUGACUGUUCUGAUUGAUGCUAAUAAAGCCAUAUCUGCUG